AUGACGGCGUUUGAAGAUUUUGGAUCAUUGUUUGACUUGGAAAAUGAUCUUCCUGAUGAGCUGAUCCCCAAUGGAGGAGAAUUAGGCCUUAUAAACAGUGGGAACCUUGUUCCAGAUGCUGCUUCCAAACAUAAACAACUGUCGGAGCUUCUGCGCGGAGGCAGCGGCUCUAGUAUCAACCCAGGAAUAGGAAAUGUUAGCGCCAGCAGCCCCGUGCAGCAAGGCCUCGGUGGGCAGGCUCAAGGGCAGCCGAACAGUGCAAACAUGGCCAGCCUGGGUGCCAUGGGCAAGAGCCCUCUGAACCAGGGAGAUUCUUCAGCCCCCAGCCUGCCCAAACAGGCAGCCAGCACCUCUGGGCCCACUCCCCCUGCUUCCCAAGCACUGAAUCCGCAAGCACAAAAGCAAGUGGGGCUGGUGACCAGCAGCCCUGCCACGUCGCAGACGGGACCUGGGAUCUGCAUGAAUGCUAACUUUAACCAGACCCACCCUGCCCUCCUCAAUAGUAACUCUGGCCAUAGUUUAAUGAACCAGGCCCAGCAAGGACAGGCGCAAGUCAUGAAUGGCUCUCUUGGGGCGGCCGGCAGAGGAAGGGGAGCUGGGAUGCCGUACCCCGCGCCCGCCAUGCAGGGGGCCUCGAGCAGCGUGUUGGCCGAGACGUUAACGCAGGUCUCGCCGCAAAUGGCCAGUCACGCGGGACUGAACACGGCGCAGGCAGGAGGCAUGACCAAGAUGGGAAUGGCUGGUAACACAAGUCCAUUUGGACAACCCUUUAGUCAAACUGGAGGGCAGCAAAUGGGAGCCCCUGGAGUGAACCCCCAGUUAUCCAGCAAACAGAGCAUGGUCAAUAGUUUGCCUCCCUUCCCUACAGACAUCAAGAAUCCUUCCGUCACCAACGUGCCAAACAUGUCUCAGAUGCAGACUUCAGUGGGAAUUGUACCCACACAAGCGAUCACAGCAGGCCCCACUGCAGAUCCUGAAAAGCGCAAACUGAUACAGCAGCAGCUGGUUCUACUGCUUCAUGCUCACAAGUGUCAGAGACGAGAACAAGCGAACGGAGAAGUUCGGGCCUGCUCUCUCCCGCAUUGCCGAACCAUGAAGAAUGUUUUGAAUCACAUGACACACUGUCAGGCUGGGAAAGCCUGUCAAGUUGCCCAUUGUGCAUCUUCACGACAAAUCAUCUCUCAUUGGAAGAACUGCACACGACAUGACUGUCCUGUUUGCCUCCCUUUGAAAAAUGCCAGUGACAAGCGAAACCAACAAACCAUCCUGGGGUCUCCAGCUAGUGGGAUUCAGAACACGAUCGGUUCUGUCGGCACAGGCCAGCAGAACGCCGCUUCGCUGAGUAACCCGAAUCCCAUAGACCCCAGCUCCAUGCAGCGCGCGUAUGCUGCCCUUGGUCUCCCCUACCUGAACCAGCCCCAGACGCAGCUGCAGCCUCAGGUUCCCGGCCAGCAACCAGCACAGCCUCAAAGUCACCAGCAGAUGAGGACUCUCAACCCCCUGGGAAAUAACCCAAUGAACAUUCCAGCAGGAGGAAUAACAACAGAUCAGCAGCCGCCAAACUUGAUUUCAGAAUCAGCUCUUCCAACUUCCCUCGGGGCCACAAACCCACUGAUGAACGACGGCUCAGGCUCUGCAAACCUCGGGACCCUCAGCACUAUACCCACAGCGGCACCUCCUUCCAGCACCGGCGUGCGGAAAAGCUGGCACGAACAUGUCACUCAGGACCUGCGGAGCCACCUAGUGCAUAAACUGGUCCAAGCCAUCUUCCCAACCCCUGACCCGGCAGCCCUGAAGGAUCGCCGCAUGGAGAACCUGGUGGCCUAUGCUAAGAAAGUGGAGGGGGACAUGUAUGAGUCCGCCAACAGCAGGGAUGAAUACUAUCACUUACUGGCAGAAAAAAUUUACAAGAUACAAAAAGAACUAGAAGAAAAGCGGAGGUCACGUUUACACAAACAAGGCAUCCUGGGUAACCAGCCGGCCCUACCAGCCCCCGGGGCACAGCCCCCUGGGAUUCCGCAGGCACAACCUGUGAGGCCUCCAAAUGGACCCAUGCCCCUGCCAGUGAAUCGCGUGCAGGUUUCUCAAGGGAUGAAUUCAUUUACCCCAAUGUCCUUGGGGAACGUACAGUUGCCGCAGGCUCCCAUGGGACCGCGUGCAGCGUCCCCCAUGAACCACUCUGUCCCGAUGAACAGCAUGGGCUCCGUUCCAGGGAUGGCCAUUUCUCCUUCCCGAAUGCCCCAGCCUCCGAACAUGAUGGGCGCUCACAGCAACAACAUCAUGGCCCAGGCGCCUGCGCAGAACCAGUUCCUGCCUCAGAACCAGUUCCAGUCCUCCGGCGGGGCGAUGAGUGUGAGCAGUGUGGGCCUGGGCCAGCCGGCGGCCCAGACGGGCGUGCCGCAGGGACAGGUGCCUGGUGCUGCUCUUCCUAACCCUCUGAACAUGCUUGGGCCUCAGGCCAGCCAGCUGCCUUGUCCACCAGUGACACAGUCACCGUUGCACCAGACGCCACCCCCUGCUUCCACGGCCGCGGGCAUGCCGUCUCUCCAGCACCCGUCGGCGCCUGGGAUGACUCCUCCCCAGCCAGCAGCUCCCACCCAGCCAUCGACUCCUGUGUCGUCUUCCGGGCAGACCCCUACCCCGACUCCCGGCUCGGUGCCCAGUGCCAGCCAGACCCAGAGCACCCCGACGGUCCAGGCAGCAGCCCAGGCCCAGGUGACCCCACAGCCUCAGACCCCAGUCCAGCCCCCGUCUGUGGCCACCCCUCAGUCAUCACAACAGCAGCCGACGCCUGUGCAUGCCCAGCCUCCCGGCACACCGCUUUCCCAGGCAGCAGCCAGCAUCGAUAACCGGGUCCCCACUCCUUCCUCGGUGGCCAGUGCCGAAACCAACUCCCAGCAGCCAGGACCCGAGGCACCGAUGCUGGAGAUGAAAGCAGAGGUCAAGACUGAGGACACUGAGCCUGAUGCCAGUGAAUCCAAGGGGGAGCCGGGGUCUGCGAUGAUGGAGGAGGAUCUGCAAGGAUCUUCUCAAGUUAAAGAAGAAACAGACACAACAGAACAGAAAUCUGAACCGAUGGAAGUGGACGAGAAGAAACCGGAAGUCAAAGUAGAAACUAAAGAGGAAGAAGAGAGCAGCGCUAAUGGGGCCGCCUCUCAGUCAACAUCUCCUUCACAGCCACGCAAAAAAAUCUUUAAGCCGGAAGAGUUACGCCAGGCUCUGAUGCCAACCCUGGAAGCUCUGUACCGCCAGGACCCGGAGUCCUUGCCUUUCCGGCAGCCUGUGGACCCCCAGCUGCUAGGGAUCCCGGAUUAUUUUGACAUUGUCAAGAACCCUAUGGACCUUUCCACCAUCAAGCGGAAGCUGGACACGGGGCAGUACCAAGAACCCUGGCAGUAUGUGGAUGACGUCUGGCUCAUGUUCAACAACGCCUGGCUCUAUAACCGGAAGACGUCCCGGGUCUACAAGUUCUGCAGCAAACUUGCUGAGGUCUUUGAGCAGGAAAUUGACCCCGUCAUGCAGUCCCUUGGAUAUUGUUGUGGGCGCAAGUAUGAGUUUUCCCCACAGACUUUGUGCUGCUACGGGAAGCAGCUGUGUACAAUUCCUCGCGACGCUGCCUACUACAGCUAUCAGAACAGGUAUCAUUUCUGUGAGAAGUGUUUCACAGAGAUCCAGGGGGAGAAUGUUACCCUGGGUGACGACCCUUCACAACCCCAGACGACAAUUUCAAAGGAUCAGUUUGAAAAGAAGAAAAAUGAUACCUUAGAUCCUGAACCUUUUGUCGAUUGCAAGGAGUGUGGCCGGAAGAUGCAUCAGAUUUGUGUUCUGCACUAUGACAUCAUUUGGCCUUCGGGCUUCGUGUGCGACAACUGCCUGAAGAAAACCGGCAGAACUCGGAAAGAAAACAAGUUCAGUGCGAAGAGACUACAGACCACGCGAUUGGGCAACCACUUGGAAGACCGAGUCAACAAGUUUUUGCGGCGACAGAAUCAUCCCGAAGCCGGGGAGGUCUUUGUCCGGGUGGUGGCCAGCUCAGACAAGACUGUGGAGGUCAAGCCUGGGAUGAAGUCACGGUUUGUGGAUUCCGGGGAAAUGUCUGAAUCUUUCCCGUAUCGAACCAAAGCACUCUUUGCUUUUGAGGAAAUUGACGGAGUGGAUGUGUGCUUCUUUGGGAUGCACGUGCAAGAGUACGGCUCCGAUUGCCCCCCUCCAAACACAAGGCGUGUGUACAUAUCUUAUCUGGACAGUAUUCAUUUCUUCCGGCCCCGGUGCCUCCGGACCGCUGUUUACCAUGAGAUCCUUAUUGGAUAUUUAGAAUAUGUGAAGAAAUUGGGGUACGUAACGGGACACAUCUGGGCCUGCCCCCCGAGUGAAGGAGAUGACUAUAUCUUCCAUUGCCACCCCCCUGAUCAGAAAAUCCCCAAACCAAAGCGCCUGCAGGAGUGGUACAAGAAGAUGCUGGACAAGGCAUUUGCAGAACGGAUCAUUCACGACUACAAGGACAUUUUCAAACAAGCGACCGAAGACAGGCUCACCAGUGCCAAGGAGCUGCCCUAUUUUGAGGGUGACUUCUGGCCCAAUGUGCUGGAGGAGAGCAUUAAGGAGUUGGAGCAAGAAGAAGAAGAGAGGAAGAAGGAGGAGAGCAGUGCAGCCAGUGAGACCACGGAGCCCUCGCCCGUGAGCAUGUCACCGGCCGGCUUCCCCGGCGUGGCCCGGACUCAGCCCCCCACCACGGUGUCCGCCGGGAAGCCCGCCAACCAGGUGCCGGCCCCGCCGCCCCCCGCCCAGCCCCCGCCGGCCGCGGUGGAAGCGGCCCGGCAGAUCGAGCGCGAGGCGCAGCAGCAGCAGCACCUGUACCGGGUGAACAUCAACAACGGCGUGCCCCCGGGGCGCACGGGCAUGGUGACCCCGGUGGGCCAGAUGGCCCCCGCGGGCCUGAACGUGCCCCGGCCCGGCCCGGUCAGCGGGCCCGUCGUGCCCAACCUGCCGCCCGGGCAGUGGCAGCAGGCGCCUCUCCCCCAGCAGCAGCCGAUGCCGGGCAUGCCCAGGCCCGUGAUGUCCAUGCAGGCCCAGCCGGCCGUGGCAGGGCCUCGGAUGCCCAGCGUGCAGCCGCCCCGGAGCAUCUCGCCCGGCGCCCUGCAGGACCUGUUGCGGACCCUGAAGUCGCCCAGCUCCCCGCAGCAGCAGCAGCAGGUGCUCAACAUCCUCAAGUCAAACCCUCAGCUGAUGGCGGCUUUCAUCAAGCAGCGCACGGCCAAGUACGUGGCCAGUCAGCCCGGCCUCCAGCCCCAGCCCGGCCUCCAGCCCCAGCCCGGCCUCCAGGCCCAGCCCGGCCUGCACCAGCAGCCCGGCCUGCAGAACCUGAACGCCAUGCAAGCCGGCGGGCCCCGGCCCGGCGUGCCCCCGCAGCAGCAGGCGAUGGGAGGCCUGAACCCCCAGGGCCAGGCCCUGAACAUCAUGAACCCGGGGCACAACCCCAGCAUGGCGAGCAUGAACCCGCAGUACAGAGAGAUGCUGCGCCGGCAGCUGCUGCAGCAGCAGCAACAGCAGCAGCAGCAGCCGCCGCCGCCGCCACCGCCACAGGGCGGCACGGGCAUGGCCGGGGGCAUGGCCGGGCACGGCCAGUUCCAGCAGCCCCAGGGACCCGGAGGCUACCCGCCGGCCAUGCAGCAGCAGCGGAUGCAGCAGCACCUCCCCAUCCAGGGCAGCUCCAUGGGCCAGAUGGCGGCUCAGAUGGGACAGCUCGGCCAGAUGGGGCAGCCCGGGCUGGGCGCGGACGGCACCCCCAACAUCCAGCAGGCCCUGCAGCAGCGGAUUCUGCAGCAGCAGCAGAUGAAGCAGCAGAUCGGGUCCCCGGGCCAGCCGAACCCCAUGAGCCCCCAGCAGCACAUGCUCUCAGGACAGCCCCAGGCCUCGCACCUCCCCGGCCAGCAGAUGGCCACGUCCCUCAGUAGCCAGGUGCGGUCCCCGGCCCCUGUCCAGUCUCCGCGGCCCCAGUCCCAGCCUCCACAUUCCAGCCCGUCGCCACGGAUCCAGCCCCAGCCUUCGCCGCACCACGUCUCGCCCCAGACCGGUUCCCCCCACCCAGGACUCGCGGUCACCAUGGCCAGCUCCAUAGAUCAGGGACACUUGGGGAACCCCGAACAGAGUGCAAUGCUCCCCCAGCUGAACACCCCCAACAGGAGUGCGUUGUCCAGUGAGCUGUCCCUGGUCGGCGACACCACAGGAGACACCCUAGAAAAGUUUGUGGAGGGUUUGUAG